AGUAUUGUGCAUAAAACAGAACAUAUUGAAAAUUUGCAAAAUCAUCCUGUAGAGACAUUAGCUGUUUAAGAAGUAAAGUUAAAGGAUGAAGAUGGAAUGUGACCAAGUCCUUUUAGCCCUGGGGGCAUCUGCUAUUGCUAAAUAUCUUGCAAUGUAUUUCAUGGAAAAUAAGAAACCAGAUAAUCUAGAAUAUGUUGGAAAAAUUUCAUCUCUUAAACUAUUUCCUGUUAAAAGUCUCGGUGAAAUUGAUAUUAAACGUGCUAAUUGUACAAAGAUGGGAUUAGAAUACGAAGGAUUCUUUGAUAGGCGUUGGGUUCUUAUAGAUAGCGCUAACAAGAUAAUAACAAUGAGAGAGUGCCCGAAACUCUGUUAUGUUUCCUGUAAUCUUUCCGGAGAGAAUGUUAUCUUUUCUGCUCCUGAUCACGAAGAUUUGAUCGUUAACCGUAAUCUGGACACUAAAACUUCCCCACUCCUAAAUAUACAAAUUCAUGGCGAUCCACUGAAAGCUUACGAUUGUGGAGAUGUUCCAGCCAAUUGGUUCGCAGCCUACAUAAAUGAUUCUUCGUCCAGAAUCAGGCUACUGUACGCUCCACCUGGCGACACUGGUCGUUUUAUAGUUAAUAACAAAAAAGCAACCAAUUUUUCGCAUAGAGUUCAAGAAGAUGAUGAAGUGGGAACUUCUGACCAAGCUCCGUACUUAUUGAUUACCAGUGAAUCCUUAAAAGACUUAGAGGGAAAGGUUGGGAGGAACCUAGAUAGGUCUUUCAGGCCUAAUAUUGUUGUUUCUGGAUCAAAUGCUGCUUUCGACGAAGACGAUUGGGACGUUAUUUACAUAGGAGACGCUAGAUUUAAAACAUGGAAAUAUUGCGGAAGAUGCGUAUUGACAACUGUUGAUCACGAUGAAGGGAUUAGAGAUCCAAAGGCUGAACCGCUAAUGACUUUAAGAAAAUAUCGAAUGAUACAUUCUGCCGAUCCGUAUAACCCCAUUUUCGGAUUAUACCUUGCAAACGAGAAAAAAGGAGAAAUCAAAGUUGCAUUAGGAGCCUCUUCUGCUUUAAAAUAUGCAGUUAUGUAUUUUAUGAAGGAUAGAAAACCUAACAAUCUAGAAUAUGUUGGUCGUAUAUCAUCUUUGAAUUUGUAUCCUGUAAAAUCUUUACAAGAAGUAUCAAUCCUUCAAGCCAAUUGUACUAAAAAAGGUCUUGAAUAUAAUGGAUUUUUCGACAGGCGUUGGGCGUUAAUCGACAAGAAUGAUAAGCUUAUUACCCUAAGAGAAAUACCCAAACUAUGCCUUAUAAGUUGUAAAGUGUCUGAACAAAGGAUUAUCUUCUCAACUAAUGAACAAGAAGACCUCUCAAUUGAUCUUGAACUUUAUAAUGAGCGAGACAAUAAUUCAAAAAUUAGCAUUGAUAUAUGGGAUGAUUAUGUUGAUGUUUUCGAUUGUGGUGAAAAACCAUCGGAAUGGUUUUCGAGAUAUUGCAAUCAGCAUAUUAGGCUUGUUUAUUCACCACCUGGAGUUACUGGACGUUACUUGAUUAAUAGCGUUAAUGAAGAUCAAUUUAAGCACAAUAUACGUGACGAUGACGAGGCUGGUACAGCUAAUGAUGGACCUUAUUUACUGACAACGCAGGAAUCUUUCCAGGAUGUUGAUCGAAGAGUUGAUAGAUCUUUAAAUCCAUCAUGCUUUAGAUCGAAUAUUAUUAUUAAUGGGACAAGAGAAGCCUUUGAUGAGGAUAAUUGGGAUCUUAUUUUUAUCGGAGAUGCUAAGUUCAAAGUAUGGAAAUUAUGUGGUAGAUGUAGUAUAACUACAGUAAUGUUAGAUACGGGCGUAAAAGACUUGAAAUUUGAACCAUUAACAACCUUAAGAAAAUAUCGAAUAAGACCAGAAAUCUCUAGGACAAAUCCUAUCUUUGGUAUUAACUUGGUUCUCAUGCAAUCUGGCUCUAUUGCAGUUGGUGAUAAAGUCUUCGUUAAAAGACUACCAAAAAUCAAUUUUUAA